AUGGCACAUUGCGGCCACAGACUCUACACAUCACGGCCGCCGUGCUCGGGACUUACGCGGAGAAGAAUAUUGGCGUUGAGUCGGAGCGGACGGAAAGGAUCUAAAUGUGAAGGCACAAACGUAUUGCUCAGGACAGUGCGGUUCUUUAAGACUGCGUUGUUCUUUAAGACUGACAUUUCUAUUGAUCUGGCUUAUCAGCGAGCGCACUCAGAGGGGCGAUCUUGCAGUUUUUCCAGAUCUGACUCCGCGAUCGCCUUGUGCAUACGCAACCUCUCUCAACGCGCUCUACGACAACGAGCACAAAAGAUUUUAUUGGAAAAUCACAAGGGCGACGGAAAGAGCACGCAACAUUGA